AUGAAGAUGUCAAUGGUGAAACAGGCAGCAGUGGCUGUAGUGGUGGUAGCGAUGGGAUGCAUGGGCGUCAUCGCUCUAAUCCUCACAUUAGUUCACCACCACUCGGUGGAUCUCCCCCAUCGCAUGCAGGUGAUGAGAAAUUACAACUGUUAUCUGUGAUGUGACUACUGUAAUUUACUUCACUUGACAACCCUUAUCAGGGGCAGAAUUGGGGAAAAUUCACUCUGGGAACUCACCCAUGUAAAAUCCUAGAAUUCACCUAAAUGUACAUGUCCAAAUCGUUUAACUUUGGUAACUCAGUUCCAACGUGUUCCUUCCCAAUUCCACCCUUGACCCUAUUGGAUAUCACAUUGUUUUUGUCAUGUCUCAGACUUCGUUAUUUCAUAAAGCACAUACCUGACAGGAUACGACAGGGCCCCUGUCAAGCUUCCAAUAUGGGACGGUAUUCAACAUGAAAAGGGGAUGAAUAUGGGACUGAACUUAUUUUAUUUAUUUAUUUUAUUCUCCCAGUAAGGACAACAUUAAUCUUAGUUUACCGCUCUCCCUCUCCCUCUCUGUAUCAAACACACAGGCUUUCCCAAACACACAGGAUUGCCCAAUAUGGAAUGGUAUUUGACUUCUCUGUCUGUGUCCUUCAGUAUGGGAUGGUGUUUGAUGCAGGAUCCACACACACGUCUCUCUACAUGUACCGUUGGCCUGGCAACAAAGAAAACAACACUGGGGUGGUGUCACAGAUGCUGGUCUGUGAUGUUGACGGUCAGUGCCAAGUGCUGUCUGUGAACCAGUAUUACUACUCUAUUAUUUAACUCAUUCUUAGGGGUAAAUCCUAACUUCCACAUAAGUUGGGGGGGGGGGGGGGGGGGGGGGGGGGGGUAUAUCUGGAAAUAGUUGACGUCAAUGGGAGAAGUUAGGAUUCGUCCCUAGAAGGUACAUUAGAAGUUAGAAUACGCCCCUCAGCCAUCAUACCUAUUUUGAUGGCAGCUUGAUCGUAAGACAAAUCAUAAUUUAUCACUCAGUAAUGGUUGUCAUAUCAAAACAUACAGUAUAUGCCUUUGUCUCACACCCCUGUCCCCUGCUCUUCCAUAGGAAAUGGCAUCUCUAGCUAUGCCCAGGACCCCCCUGCUGCAGGGCUCAGUCUGAGGAAGUGCCUGGACAGUGCACUGGCAUUCGUCCCUGCCAACCAGCACAGGGCAACUCCUGUGUACCUUGGUGCUACCGCUGGCAUGCGACUCUUGCAGUAAGUCAAGACUGCGCUGUUUUAUCUUGAUAGGUGUAAUCAUUUGCAUUUACCACAUCCCAACAAUCUGACUUUAUGAAUGAAUGUGCUAGGAAAACAACCUGGUCUCUGAGAAUUUCAUAUUAUUCUGUACGUAAAUCCGGGACACUAUUUAGUAUGAUAUGUUACGUUUCGUAUGGUAUGUAUUCAUUUGUGGAUGUCCAUCACCCAUUUCGUAUGAAAUUACAAUUUGUAUUAUAUGUUACGAAUUUGCAGAACCUACAAUAUGUUAUGAAUUUGCCAAACGUACAAUAUGUUAUGAAUUCUAGCUAGGUGGCUAGGUGGCUAACGUUAGCUAGGCUAGGGUUUAGGGUUAAGGUUAGGGUUACGUUUAGGAUUUAGGUUGAAGGGUUAAGGUUAGAGUUAGGGGAAGGGUUAGCUAAAAAGGUUAAGGUUAGGGGAAGGUUUAGCUAAAAUGCUAAGUAGUCGCAAAGUAGCUAAAAAGUAGUAAGUAGUUGAAAAGUUGCUAAAAUGCUAAAGUUGUCCGUGAUGAGAUUCGAACUCGCAACCUUUGGUUUGCUAGAUGUUUGUGUUAUAAGCCCACCCAUCCAGGGUUGCUAGAUGUUCAAGUUACACACCCACCCAUCCACCACGCCGACCAACAACCCCCAAACGUAACAUAUCAUACUAAAUGGAGUGUCUUGGAUUUACAUACAGAAUAAUAUAAAAUGCUCUGAGACCAGGUUGAGGAAAACAUCCCACUGAUCUAUGUGGUGACUAUUUAACCUCCUGUACAGUAUGACUGGGUACUGUGUGCUUUUUCAGGCUGCAAAACCUGGUUUUAAUAAUAAAGAAGCAUUUCUGAAAUCGACUUCCAUUAUCCUGCAAGAGUGACUGAAUAUUGUCCUCUCCUCAGGCUACAGAAUCAGACCCAGUCUGAUCAGGUUUUGGAGCAGGUAACCAAGGUGAUCCAGGGGUAUCCCUUUGACUUUCGGGGGGCACGGAUUCUCUCUGGGAUGGAGGAAGGUGCUUACGGAUGGAUCACCACCAACUAUCUACAAGAGGGCUUCAUCAAGGUGUGUAUAGGGCCUAUAGAAUAGGCAGUGGUGUAAAGUAAAAAUACUUUAAAGUACUACUUAAAUAGUUUUUUGGGGUAUCUGUACUUUUACUUUUACUUCACUACAUUCCUAAAGAAAAUAAUGUACUUUUUACUCCAUACUUUUUCCCUGACACCCAAAAGUACUCGUUACAUUUUGAAUGCUUAGCAGGACAGGAAAAUGGUCCAAUUCACGCACUUAUCAAGAAAACAUCCCUGGUCAUCCCUACUGCCUCUGACCUGGAGGACUCACUAAACACGAAUGAUUCGUUCGUAAAUGAUGUUGUAGUGUGCCCCUGGCUAUCCGUAAAUACAUUUUAAAAAACAAUUGUGCCGUCUGGUUUGCUUAAUAUAAGCAAUUUGAAAUGAUUUAUACUUGUGCUUUUGAUACAUAAGUAUAUUUUUGAAAUUAAAUUUACUUUGAUACUUAAGUAUAUUUAAAACCAAAUACUUUUAGACUUUUACUCUAGUAUUUUACUGGGCGACUUUCACUUGAGUCAUUUUCUAUUAAGGUAUCUUUACUUUAACUCAAGUAUGACAAUUGGGUACUUUUUCCACCACUGAGAAUAGGCUACACACACAACGGCACACAGAACGGGGCGGGGUCGGCUGUGGGCAAUAAGAGCUAAGACGCUAAUAUUUAUGUAAACUCUACAUAGUUAUGUUCUGUGGGUUUCACUGAGAACCCUGAUACCCUGUUUCAUGGGUGCACAAUCUAUAGGUAAGGCUGUACAGUGCAUAUAAGUAUGCCCCCAAUGCAAUUAUGCAGUCUAAAUCAAAUCAAAGUUUAUUGAUCGCAUACACAGAUUUGUAGAUGUUGUCGCAGGUGCAGCGAAAUGCUUGUGCUUCUAGCUCCAACAGUGCAGUAAUACCUAGCUAUACAAAAAAGUACACAGAUAAUUUCUUUCUUUUUACUUUUGGAAUUAAGAAAUGGUGGAAUGAACCCAAAUAGCACUAACAGUAAUCCAAAUGCAAUCUGUAAGUAUCUACCCCCGAUGAAUUUAAACAAGAUACUGUAUACUUCUAUAGGAAUGAUAUGCACAGCAGUAGAUAUGUUAGAGUGAGCUAUGUCAAGAAUUCAGUAUAUAAAUAAAUAAACAGUGUAACUAAAAUGCAAUAGUAGUAGAAAUAUUAGAAUGAGAUACAGUACCAGUCAAGUUUGGACACACCUACUCAUUCAAGGGUUUUUCUUUAUUUUUACUCUUUUGUACGUUGUAGAAUAAUAGUGAAGACAUCAAAACUAUGAAAUAACACAUAUGGAAUCAUGUAGUAACCAAAAAAAGGGUUAAACAAAUCAAAAUAUAUUUUAUUUGAGAUUCUUCAAAAGUAGCCACUCUUUGCCUUGAUGACAGCUUUGCACACUCUUGGCAUUCUCUCAACCAGCUUCUUGAGGAAUGCUUUUCCAACAGUCUUGAAGGAGUUCCCACAUAUGCUGAGCACUUGUUGGCUGCUUUUCCUUUACUCUGCGGUCCGAAUCAUCCCAAACCACCUCAAUUAGGCUGAGGUCGGGUGAUUGUGGAGGCCAGGUCAUCUGAUGCAGCACUCCAUGACUCUCCUUCUUGGUCAAAUAGCCCUUACACACCUGGAGGUGUGUCCUGUUGGAAAAAAAAUUAUAGUCCCACUAAGCGCAAACCAGAUGGGAUGGCGUAUCGCAGCUGUAGUAGCCAUGCUGGUUAAGUGUGCCUUGAAUUCUAAAUAAAAUCACUGACAGUGUCACCAGCAAAGCACCCCCACACCAUCACACCUCCAUGCUUCAUGGUGGGAACCACACAUGCGGAGAUCAUCCGUUCACCUACUCUGCGUCUCACAAAGACACGGCGGUUGGAACCAAAAAUCUCAAAUUUGAACUCAUCAGACCAAAGGACAGAUUUCCACCGGUCUAAUGUCCAUUGCUCGUGUUUCUUGGCCCAAGCAAGUCUCUUCUUCUUAUUGGUGUCCUUUAGUAGAGGUCUCUUUGCAGCACUUCGACCAUGAAGGCCUGUUUCACGCAGUCUCCUCUAAACAGUUGAUGUUGAGAUGUGUCUGUUACUUGAAGCAUUUAUUUGGCUGCAAUUUCUGAGGUGCCGUUAACUCUAAUGAACAGAGCCAGUUUCAUCAUGGUGCUUGAUGGUUUUUUUUUUUUGCGACUGCACUUGAAGAAACUUUCAAAGUACUUGACAUUUUCCGGAUUGACUGACCUUCAUGUCUUAAUGUAAUGAUGGACUGUAGUUUCUCUUUGCUUAUUUGAGCUGUUCUUGCCAUAAUAUGGACUUGGUCUUUUACCAAAUAGGGCUAUCUUCUGUAUACAACCCCUACCUUGUCACAACACAACUGAUAGGCUCAAACGCAUUAAGGAGGAAAGAAAUUCCACAAAUUAACUUUUAAGAAGGUACACCUGUUAAUUGACAUGCAUUCCAGGUGACUACCUCAUGAAGCUGGUUCAGAGAAUGCCAAGAGUGUGCAAAGCUGUCAUCAAGGCAAAGGGUGGCUACUUUGAAGAAUCUUGAAUAUAAAAUAUAUUUUGAUUUGUUAACACUUUUUUGGUUCCUACAUGAUUCCUUGUGUUAUUUCAUAUUCCACGCAGCCGUCAUACCACUCAGGAAGGAGACGCAUUCUGUCUCCUAGAGAUUAACGUAGUUUGGUGCGAAAAGUGCAAAUCAAUCCCAGAACAACAGCAAAGGACCUUGUGAAGAUGCUGGAGGAAACAGGUACAAAAGUAUCUAUAUCCACAGUAAAACAAGUCCUAUAUCGACAUAACCUGAAAGGCUGCUCAGCAAGGAAGAAGCCACUGCUCCAAAACCGCCAUAAAAAAGCCAGACUACGGUUUGCAACUGCACAUGGGGACAAAGAUCGUACUUUUUGGAAAAAUGUCCUCUGGUCUGAUGAAACAAAAAUAGAACUGUUUGGCCAUAAUGACCAUCGUUAUGUUUGGAGGAAAAAGGGGGUUGCUUGCAAGCCGAUGAACACCAUCCCAAACGUGAAGCACGGGGGUGGCAGCAUCAUGCUGUGGGGGUGCUUUGCUGCAGGAGGGACUGGUGCACUUCACAAAAUAGAUGUCAUCAUGAGGACGGAAAAUUAUGUGGAUAUAUUGAAGCAACAUCUCAAGACAGUCAGGAAGUUAAAGCUUGGUCGCAAAUGGGUCUUCCAAAUGGACAAUGACCCCAAGCAUAUUUCGAAAGUAGUGGCAAAAUGGCUUAAGGACAACAAAGUCAAGGUAUUGGAGUGGCCAUCACAAAGCCCGGACCUCAAUCCUAUAGAAAAUGUGGGCAGAACUGAAAAAGCGUGUGCGAGCAAGGAGGCCUAUAAACCUGACUCUGUUACACCAGCUCGGUCAGGAGGAAUGGGCCAAAAUUCACCCAACUUAUUGUGGGAAGCUUGUGGAAGGCUACCCGAAACGUUUGACCCAAGUUAAACAAUUUAAAUGCAAUGCUACGAAAUACUAAUUGAGUGUAUGUAAACUUCUGACCCACUGGGAAUGUGAUGAAAGGAAUAAAAGCUAAAAUAAAUCAUUCUCUCUACUAUUAUUCUGACAUUUUACAUUCUUAAAAUAAAAGUGGUGAUCCUAACUGACCUAAGACAGGGAAUUUUUACUAGGAUUUAAUGUCAGGAAUUGUGAAAAACUGAGUUUAAAGGUAUUUGGCUAAGGUGUAUGUAAACUUCCGACAUCAACUGUACAUUCACAGUGCGGUUUUGACAGUUUUUUCUGUUAAUUGUCAAACUAAUUAACUAAAUGUAUUUCAUUUUAAAUUAUGUAACAACAUUCCAACUUUGUUUAGCAUUAUCUAGUCCAAAUAUGGCAUGAUUCCACUAUUUGAAUCUGUUUGCAUCACUUUCAAUGAGGGACUUUUAUUUUAAAAGUGAACCGCAAAUUUCAUUAUUGUGGCUAGCGUUCAGCAGAAGAACAGACAACAUUGGCCAACAUACAGAUAGAAAUGUAUUAUGUAGAAGAACACAUGCCUCUGAUUCUAAGGAAUCAUGUCAUUUCUAUUCAUGGCAUUUCUAUCUGAAACGUUCCAAAACGUUUUUGUACUGAACUUGCCCAGGCAAACCAACUGAGCUAUUUACGAAUCCCGCUCUGCCCAUCACUUGUCUGUCUGGAAAGCCUCCGCAAAUGAAAACGUGUGGUGGGCAGGGGCGGCCCGGGACGACCCCGCCCAUAGCCGACCCCAAACCCAUUCCGUGUGCAGCGGCUUCUCCAUCUAUGAGGUUGAGUCAAAGUGUUAACCUUGACUGAAGUGUCCGAACUACAGAGGCUUGCUCUCCUCAGACAAUGGUAUCAAGCUUGUUUAGGCAUAAUUAACAGUAGGAGUACUACAAGUAGGAAUACUACUUGUUACCACUGUAAUAACCUGUUAUAUUGGUCAAUUGCAGGUCUGCAGUUUAAAACUAUAGCUAACAUACAGUAUUUGUACUUCUAAGCAGCACGGCUUUGAGGGAGGAUGGGUGCGUCCUAACGGAAGGAAGACCUGGGGUGCCUUGGAUAUGGGAGGCUCUUCCACCCAGAUAGCCUUUACCCCCAGCCAGCCCGUACGGGACCCUGCCUCCACCCUGGGAUCCAAGCUCUAUGGUUACCAAUAUGAGGUGUACACACACAGCUACCUGUGCUAUGGCAAGGAGCAGACCAUGAGGCAGCUACAGGUUCAUCUACUCAAGGUAAGUAGCUGUCUGGUCACCAGUUUGAUGAAACUCUGAGAAAUUGCAGAAUGGUUUCAGGUAUUGUAAUAAUACUAUAUAAAACUUCCCCUACAUGUAGAUAUUGUAUAAAACCAGUUUUCAGGAAGAAAAAUGUGCAAACAGGCAGUAGUGUUCUAAAUAAAGAUACUGAACAAACAUUGCUAAAGGGCGAUUCUGUCACGACCCGGUGCGAGAAACAGUCACUAAUAAUUGUCAGAACCCAGAAGAUGAGGCAGACACAGCUGUACUAGAGAUGGUGGUUUAUUAAAGAACAAAAUCUUCAGGCAAAGAAGCUAAAUCCACAAUGUCCAAAAAUAAAGCCAAGAGGCACAAAGAGGAAAACCUCCAAAAACAAAAGAAACUCCACAAAGUGGUAAAAAACAGCAGGGAAAAAACAAACCUCAAAAGACUACUCAAACAAAACACAAGAACUAAACCAGAGAACCUCUGGAAAAUCCCACCAGAGAAAUAUCUAUAUAAAACAAGGCUGGGGCUGGGUGCUAACUUACAAACACUGAGCAAGGAACUGAGGAACACACAGGGUUUAAAUACUAACAAGGGAAUGACCUACAGGUGCAAACAAUAAUUAGAGCAAGAAAAACAAAAGGUACAAAAAGGUGCAAUGGGGACAUCUAGUGACCAAAACCCGAACAGUCAUGGCCAAAACCUGACAGAUUCUAUACGAGAUUGGCCCAAAUAUGUGUUGUUUUGGAACUUCCUGAAAUGAAAUCCAAAGAAAGGUCAUUUGAGAAAAUGAUUUUUGGCAUACCUUUGCAAUCUUUAUCCAACAUAAUUCAAUAAUAAUAAUAAAGUUGGGAUAUACAGUAUGUGACAUUUCAGCCUUAGCCUUCUUUAAGACACAUCAUAAAUAUAUUUGGGCCAAUUCAGUGUAGAUUUGCCCUAAAGCAGUUUGACUGAAUGUGUCUCAGUUGAGUCAGAAGCAUUUCAUGGCUGCCUUAGCUGAGUUUUCUUGUAUGAUUCAAGCAAACUUCCUCCUCUACCAGAUGAGUGGGUCUACCCGCCCAGUCAACCACCCCUGCUACCACCUGGGUGACAACCUAACCCUGACUCUGGGUGACCUCUAUGACUCCCCCUGCGUGGCCAAAUCUGUGACCUUUAACCCAGCCUCAGUGGUCACCUUCACAGGGACCAGUGAGCCGCUUCAGUGUCUCAACCAGAUUAAGAACAUCAUGAACCUGUCUGCCUGCUCCCUGGCCCCUGACUGUGGCUUCAACGGGGUCUACCAGCCCCCUGUCAGUGGAAACUUCUUUGUGAGUAUUCAACCCAUAUCUAUGCAAACCCCACUCAACUGGCACUCCAUGCAGCCUCAAUCAAACAUUCCAAGUAUUUGAAAGAUGUCUAACAGUAUACAGUGUACAAACCAUUAAGAAUGCCUGCACUUUCCAUGACAGACUGACUAGGUAAAUCCAGGUGAAAGCUAUGAUCCCUUAUUGAUGUCACUUAUUACGUCCACUUCAGUGUAUAUUCUCCUUCCAGACUCACAUUAAGCAUCUCCAAUCCAAAGUUAAAUCUAGAAUCGGCUUCCUAUUUCGCAACAAAGCCUCCUUCACUCAUGCUGCUAAACAUGCCCUCGUAAAACUGACUAUCCUACCGUUCCUUGACUUCGGUGAUGUCAUUUACAAAAUAGCUCCCAACACUCUACUCAGCAAAUUGGAUGUAGUCUAUCACAGUGCCAUCCGUUUUGUCACCAAAGCCCCAUAUGCUACCCACCAUUGUGACCUGUACGCUCUCGUUGGCUGGCCCUCACUACAUAUUUGUUGCCAAACCCACUGGCUCCAGGUCAUCUAUAAAUCAUUUCUAAGAUAAGGCGGGAUUUGCCUAGAUCAUUGGUCACCAUAGCAACACCCACCCGUAGUAUGCGUUCCAGCAGGUAUAUCUCACUGGUCAUCCCCAAAGCCAACACCUCCUUUGGCCGCCACUCCUUCCAGUUCUCUGCUGCAAAUGACUGGAACGAACUGCAAAAAUCUUAUCUCCCUCACUAACUUUAAGCAUCAGUUGUCAGAGCAGCUUACCGAUCACUACACCUGUACACAGCACAUCUGUAAUUAGCCCACCCAACUACCUCAUCCCCAUAUUGUUAUUUACAUUGUUAUUUAUUUUGCUCAUUUUCAUCCCAGUAUCUCUAUUUGCACAUCCUCUUCUGCACAUCUAUCACUCCAGUGUUAAUACUAAAUUGUCAUUAUUUGUAAUUACUCUGUGUUGUUUUUAAUCGCACUGCUUUGCUUUAUCUUAAAACGAUUAAGUGGAGGAGACGGGUUAAAGAAGGAUUUCUAAGACUUGAGACAUGGAUUGUGUAUGUGCGCUAUUCAGAGGGUGAAUGGGCAAGACAAAAGAUUUAAGUGCCUUUAAACGGGGUAGGUGCCAGGCGCACUGGUUUGAGUGGCUCAAGAACUGCAACGCUGCUGGUUUUUUCAAGUUCAACAGUUUCCCGUGUGUGUCAAGAAUAGUCCACCACCCAAAGGACAUCCAGCCAACUUGACACAACUGUGGGAAGCAUUGGAGCGCUGUGGAAUGCUUUCGAUACCUUGUAGAGUCCUUGCCCUGACAAAUUGAGGCUGUUCUGAGGGCAAAAAGGGGUGAAACGCAAUAUUAGGAAGGUGUUCCUAAUGUUCUGUACACUCAGUGUAUAUUGUCACCAUCAUUCUGUUUCCUUUCCCCAGGCUUUCUCCGCAUACUUUUACACCUUUGACUUCCUUGGUCUGGCUCCUCAGCCCACUCUGUCUCAGGCUACCACCACUAUAGACACUUUCUGUAAAAGGACCUGGGACUCGGUGAGAUAUAGAGACCUCUGCUGACCUUUCACAUUGACAGUACACUUCCUCAAAACUGUAAACCGGUACACAGAUUCAUCAAUUCAUACUCAAUCACAUGCUAAACACAGACUGAACAUCCAUAAAAUGUAAUUCUUUAUAACACAGACAUCAAUCCACAGUAGCCUACAAACUAUACCUUGUAAUGACCUAAUUCCCAAUGUUACAACAAUGUUCUUAACUCUUUUGGCAGCUCAAGAAACAGUAUAGCGUAAAAGACAAGUACCUUCGUGAUUACUGUGCCUCAGCCAACUACAUAAUGACAGUACUACUAGACGGCUACAAGUUCAACCAGACCUGGGGAAACAUAUACUUCCAGAGACAGGUGUGUGUUUAACUAUACAUAUGACGUAAAAAUGUCAACAUCCUAUUCAAAGAUUUAACUUCAGGACACAAAAUGUAUGAAAUGAUACCACAGAAUGAACUAAAUAUUAUUGUGUGGCAGUCAAUAUUAAUAGAUGUGCUGCCCUAAUGAAGCUGUGUGUCUAUCAUAUACAUACAUACAGUACAGUGGUGGCUGCUGAGGGGAGGACGGCUCAUAAUAAUGGCUGGAAUGGAGUAAAUGGAAUGGCAUCAAUACCAUUCCAGUCCAGCCAUUACCACGAAGCCCGUCCUCCCCAAUGAAGGUGCAACCAACCUCCUGUGAUAUAGUAUAUGUUCAUAUAUACACAUCAUCGGUGUCUAUCAGGUGGCAGACACAGACAUUGGCUGGACGCUGGGCUACAUGUUGAACCUGACCAACCUGAUCCCCUCAGAGCUCCCCCUGGUGGUGACAGGUGUGCAGCGCGGCCAGUGGGCAGCAGAGGUCUUCUUCAUUGUGUUUGCUGUGUUCCUCAGCCUGAUGGUACUGGUUCUACUGUGGCUCUGGAACCCACAGGACGGACGAGGCAACAAAUGA